UAUUGAUAUUGUAACAAAGGAAACUUAUUGUUGAGGACAUUAUAGAUCAACAUAAAUUUUAGACACAAAAUAGCAGAUUUAUAUUUUGUUAUAGAAUGUUUAUCUCUUCAUUUGCAUGCAUUCAUAUGUGUUAAUUUGUCAUAUUCUCAAAACUCAUUAAAACUGUUCUUACUCAGAUUGUAUUUUGAUAAGUGUUAUCUCAUUACUACAAGUACAAAGUACAGAUGUGAUUUCAGGAUAUACACUCGUAAAACGAGUUUUAAGUCACACUUUUUAUACUUUUGUUAGUUGAUUUAACACUCUUCUAUUUUACUAACUUAUAAAUGUUUGAAUAGCUUCACUAAAUGAUAUCGUCGAAAAUAGUUUUUUUUGCAGAACAGCCUUUAUUUUUCACAAAUGAUGUGAUGAGUUUCUUAAGGUUGCUACAUUUUCUGUAUUCAUAAUAGCAAUUUUAAACAAAAUGUGGUAACAGUCUCUUAAUAUUAUCCCUCCAUCAUUAUUAACGUCGUACCUGUAUUCAACAAUUGGUGGCAGUGUUAUUCCUAUCUCAGUCAAUCUGAUGCUUUUGUUAGAGGAUCAUCCUUAUUCUUCCGACGUGCUCCAUCACCAGUGUCUAAAUUACAUGGCUAUAGUCAGUGAAAAUACCUUUAGCUUACAUGAACGGGAUUACCUGAAACUGUAUUGAUCUGUUUUUUCUCUUUACUCACAUAUUCUGUUACAUGACAAAUAAAAUAUAUUUAAUUGAUUAUUUGUUUUCAAUACCGAUUGAGAAUCUAUAUCACUGCAACCUUUAGUUGACGUUAACGACAAAUCUCUUUGCACUACUAAUGUGGUUAAUUAUUCAUCAUUCUGUUUGUGUUUGCAUGUAUCAUGUUAUUGUUGAGAAUGUUUUCAUUGAUAUGUAUUCGUUCACUUGCCGCACUGACAAUUUCUUUUUUUAAAAAUGAAUGUUGCACUAGCUUUAAUAUUGCUUAUAUUGUAUACGUUCAAAACAAUCAAGAAAUGGUACGUAAUUUGUCUGUUGCCUCCUCCUGCCCACCCCAAGUAUUAUUCCAAACAUUAUCAGUAAAACAAUACUCUUAGUCGAAGAUGAAUUUAUAUUACCCCAGUGAAUAAUUAAGAUGAAUAGUCUUUGUACAGAAAUACACAUACCUUUAUUGUAAGAGUACAUUUACUGAAUCUAAAUGAAAUACUAUUACUAUUGCGUUUAUCAAUUAAUUCAUUCAUCAUUUCGUACUAUGGUGGCUUACUAUUGUGUAUACCUAUCAUACGUUUGGUUGUUGCAUUUUCUUUUAACUAAAGAAUGAGAAACUAUGUGCUGAUUAUAGUACAGUGUAAUUCUAAAGGAGUUGUCAAAUAUGUAUCUGUCUCAUGUAUCGUAAUUAUGAAAAGAAUAAGUUAAGGUAUAUUUGUAAAAUCUAGAAAUUCAUGAUAUAUUGUAAAGAACCAUCGAAAAUUAUAUUCACCUCAAUCAGUUGUGUGAAUAAAGACAUCGACUAGAGGUCAGUAACAUAUGUGCAACUGCUUCAUUUCAUCCUGUGACUCAGUUAAGGUACAAUCAUUCACAAUUUACCAUUUUGGAGGUGAACCAAUAGCUGGUGAUCAUGGUUAUGCAACAGAUUUCUCUGAAAUGUAUCCAUUCUUCAUUGCAAGUGGUCCUUCUUUCAAGAUUGCUGAGAGCGUUCCUACUGUCCAUGCUGUAGACGUUUAUCCACUAAUGUGUGCAUUAUUAAAUAUUCAACCAAAUCCAAACAAUGGCAGCCUAGAACGUAUUUCAAACAUACUGAAACCUGAUGUUGCCAAUCGCCUUUUGAAUUUGAAUAGUUGGUCAUAUUUAUGGAAAUGGAUCAUAUUUGAUUUGAGAUUUAUUUUAUUUAUUUCAAUUAUAUGCGUUUCAUUUAUGAUUUUACUGUGUUCAAUUGUAGUUGUGAUGAAUCGUAAAGAAACCAAUGAACCAUUCAUUCGUCUACCUAUUGAUAAUGAUAAAGAGUUUUCAGAUGACAAUACAUGAAGGUAUUUAGUAACUAUAAUUCUUGCUCAACCUCAUCAAUUUAUUUCUAUUAUUGAUUAUUAAUAAUAACACAAACUCUAUCAUGAUUUUCAUUUGAUGAAUCUACAGAAACAAAAGUUUAUUUAUCGUUCUCUAAAUCAAUAUCUAUCAACUCGAUCCCUUCGAUAUACAUAUAUACUUAAUUAAGAGUAUUUUUUUUGUAUAAGAUACAUAUUUGAUUGACAAAUAUGACUUAAAGAUGUU